AACACUCCCGACAACAACCAUUUUCAUUUCGCAGCUAUGGAAAGCUAUAUUUGAUCUUUUCCUUCUCUCUCCCUCUCUUUGAAGCCUAACCACACCCUCUUCCUCCCAAAAGGAACACUGCAAUUCCAAACAUCACUGCUUUGCCUUUGCAGCUGGAAGCUAGUUACCAAACAGAGUUUGGCGUGCUUCUCCGAGUGCCAUCUGGGAGGAGUUCUCCGUUAUAUAAACCCCAACAGAUCUGGGAGCAGAGAAACAGGACUGGGCUCCAUUGCGGAACUGAGUACUGAGCGCACAGCGAGAGAUCACCCCCCGGACAGCAAACAUGUUUAAACUCAAUUUUACAGAGGAAGCAACAAAGAUCGGCAACACUGCCCAGGAUGCAGUUAAUUCAGCAGGCCAGGCUGUGCAGCACGUUCUGGAUCAGGUGACAGAAGCUGGUCAGAAAGCUAUUGACGACACCUGCAAGAGUGCACACGAUGCUGGUGAAAAGGCAAAGCAAAAUGUAACAAGUCAGAUGACAGCAUGGAGUAAAAGCUUUGGCGAGAGUGAAGAAAAGAAGAACGCUUCAGCCUAAAUGAGCUGGUCUUCCCUUCGAUUUGCCUUGCGCGUUCGAAAUGAUAAAACUAUCUUUUUAUGCAUUGGAAAUUGUUUUCAGAUGGUUAACCUAUGAGAUGUACUUUACACCUUCAUUAAAAGUUAAAUAAUAUAUUCCAUUUAUUUUGUUGCAGUAUCAAACAUUAAAAAACCCAAGUUUCAGAGUAAAUGGUGACAGCACAUUUCCAAUGAUUGCUCUCCACAAUUGUAUCAGGAAACUGAGAUGAGGCUGGCUUCUCAAGGCUUCCAGUGGGAAGUGUGUAAACAGAGAAAAUCUCAGUUGUGCAUUUAAAGCUUGCACAUAUAUGUACGAUGUAGGGUGGCCACACUCUAUCUGCAUUUAACAUACACACAUAUAUACACAUAUGCUGCGCAUCAUUUACAGUAUUUUUACACACGAAUGGAGAUUCUUUAGCUGGCGGUUGAAACGUUUGUAUGAAAAACUCAGAUGAAGUUCUUUUCAGGAAAGACACUUUGAUGGAAGUUUUGUACUGUGUUUAGCUACAUUACAAUACCUCAUACAUUAAAAGCUACCUAAACUGCAGAACUGAACAGGCAACAGUUGAGGCUUGUUGAUGAAAAAGGAGUAAAAACUGAAUUUUAAGCAGAAAGAACCCCAAGAGCUAAUGAAAAAAGGAAGAUUUUGGAAGGCUAAGGGAGUGUUUGCAGCAAGAACUUGCAUUUGUUGGAAGUCCAUCAGGGAAUGAAUAUCAAGAGGUUGACACCUUCAGGUCCCCCCACUUCAGAAUGCAAGAACUUCUGAAUGGAAGUCAUCAAUUCUUACUAUCUCCAAACUUUUAGGGCUAACCAAAAGAAUACCAUUGUCACAUAUGCCUUCCCAC